AUGGAGACGCUGCUGCUCUCUGUGCUCCUCCUGCAGGUUUCCCAGCAGGCGUUGGGUGGAGUGGUGGAGGUUCAUGAGGGGGCUGAGUCAGUCCUGCUGCCCUGUGAAUUCAAUGAUCCUCUUCCUGAGGACGACCCCCACUUCAUUUGGACCCGUGAAGAUCUCAGUCCCAAAUCUGUCCACCUGCAACGAGCUGAAAAAGAUGACCUGACAGAACAAAACCAGCGUUUCAGAGGACGCACGGCCAUGAAUCCUGAUACUCAUAUAACGAGAAACUUCAGCCUCACCCUGAUGAAGCCCCAGCAGUCUGACAGCGGGGGCUACACCUGCUCCAUCAGUGAUGGGACAGCAGAACUGAAGUUAGAGGAAGUUCAUCUGAAGCUCAAAGGUGAGCAGCAGGCAGCAGAACCCCUGAGCCAAUGGGAGGGCAGGGAGGAAGAAAAGGGGGACGCACUAAAAACUGGACCAGAAACGGGCAGAAAGACUGGAGUUCACCAAACUGAGAGCUGGGAGGCAAAGAUGAUGGAACCAAAGCACCUGCUGUGGAACCAGACCAGGAAGCAGCUCCACAGGCCUCGGACAGCUGUGACUCCACCUGCAGGAAGCUGCUCUCCACCAAUCAGCUUCAGGCUCAGCCUGUGA